GUCACUCCAGCAAAACAAUUCUCCGACAUUCCCUCCACCUCCGGCGCCGCCGUCCGCCGCCAUGGGCUUCUACUACCACGUCAUCCGUCUACCGGAAAACAUCGCCGCCGUCAAUCUCUUCCUCAAUAUUCUCACCCACGUCCGACUCCUCUUGACCGCUGCCCUGACAGAUCUCGGCCUCUACAAGCCACCUCCGGCGCCGGUGCCGGCGGAGGAGGAAGAGCCUUACAUCCUAAUCCUGAACCGGUCGUCUCCUUCCCUGGUUCCCGUGCCGGUCCGAGUCGUCACGGCCGCCAUCAAGGCCGGAGUUCCGGUUCUCCGGUACGGCGAUUCCGUCCGCCGGCGAGGGGCGGAAGCGGGCGGCGCGGCGGCGUGCAGUAUCUGUUUAGAGUGUAUAGAAUGGACGGACGAGAUUAGAGAGCUGAUGAUCUGUAGCCAUCCGUUCCAUCGGGCGUGUUUGGACCGUUGGAUUGACGCGGGACAGGUGAAUUGCCCUUUGUGUAGGGCCAUGUUGUUGCCUCCCAAAAUUACCCCUUCUAUUAAAUGUACCCAACAAUGUCAAGUUUGAUUAUUAUUCGAAUGAUAUUUGUCCAAAAUAUUUGUCUGUUCAAAUAAAUCAUAGGGUUCUUUUUUUUUUUUUUUCAA